AUGGACCUGCACCCAUCAAUGGCUCAAAGUGUAAGAACAGGUAGGUCGUCUUUUAGCUCUAGCAAUGGCAAUGGGGAUACUCCUUUACACAACGCUGCUGCACUUUCAAAUGGGGAUGAUUAUGACAGUGAUAGCUCCAGCUUGGCACCAGCAACACCUAGGACCCUAUCAAUGGACAUCCCAGCAGAACUUGCAGGUGCCAUACCCUUGAUUGAUAGAUUUCAGGUAGAAGGAUUUUUGAGGUUAAUGCAGAAACAGAUUCAGUCUGCUGGGAAACGAGGGUUUUUUACUAAAAAAUCAGUUGGUCCUCAACCUCGAGAAAAAUUCACUUUUGAGGAUAUGCUGUGCUUCCAAAAGGAUCCAAUACCUACAUCAUUACUAAAAAUCAAUAGUGACCUGGUAAGCCGGGCAACGAAACUGUUCCAGAUCAUUCUGAAAUAUAUGGGAGUUGAUUCAUCUGAUCGAGUUACUCCAGCGAGCUUAGAUGAACGUGUCGAGCUUGUUGGAAAGAUGUAUAAGCAAACAUUGAAGCGAACAGAGCUUAGAGAUGAACUUUUUGCCCAAAUUUCAAAACAAACAAGAAACAAUCCUGAUAGGGAAUACUUGAUAAAAGCAUGGGAGUUAAUGUUCUUGUGUGCAUCCUCUAUGCCGCCAAGCAAAGACAUUGGUGGAUAUCUGUCCGAGUAUGUCCAUAAUGUAGCACAUGGUGUGAAUAUUGACUCUGAGGUUCGAGUCUUAGCACUAAAUACAUUAAAUGCUUUGAAGCGUUCUGUAAAGGCUGGUCCUAGGCAUACAAUACCAGGCCGUGAGGAGAUUGAAGCACUUUUAACUGGUCGAAAGCUUACAACUAUAGUGUUCUUCUUGGAUGAAACUUUCGAGGAAAUCACAUAUGACAUGACAACAACAGUGGCUGAUGCUGUUGAGGAACUUGCAGGGGUAAUUAAACUCUCAGCAUUUUCUAGUUUUAGCCUAUUUGAAUGCCGCAAAGUUGUAACCGGCUCAAAAUCACCUGAUCCUGGAAAUGAGGAGUAUAUUGGGUUAGAUGACAACAAAUACAUAGGAGAUCUCUUGGCAGAAUUCAAGGCAGCAAAGGAUCGAAGUAAAGGAGAAAUUUUGCAUUGCAAGUUGACAUUCAAGAAAAAGCUAUUUCGGGAGUCGGAUGAAGCUGUAGCAGAUCCAAUGUUUGUGCAGUUGUCAUAUGUUCAAUUGCAACAUGAUUAUAUGCUGGGCAAUUAUCCUGUUGGAAGAGACGAUGCUGCACAGCUUUCUGCAUUGCAAAUCUUGGUUGACAUUGGAUUUAUGCGCAAUCCGGAAUCAUGCACUGAUUGGAAUUCUCUUCUGGAACGCUUCCUACCUAGACAAAUCGCAAUCACACGAGCAAAACGGGAGUGGGAGUUCGAUAUUCUUUCUCGUUACCAUUCAAUGGAAAAUUUGACGAAGGAGGAUGCAAGACAACAAUUUUUGCGAAUAUUGAGAACACUUCCUUAUGGGAAUUCAGUCUUCUUCAGUGUUCGCAAGAUUGAUGAUCCCAUUGGACUUCUGCCGGGUCGGAUUAUUUUGGGCAUCAACAAAAGAGGGGUUCAUUUUUUCCGUCCGGUUCCAAAGGAAUAUCUACAUUCAGCUGAGCUAAGAGACAUAAUGCAAUUUGGUAGUAGCAAUACUGCUGUUUUCUUCAAAAUGAGAGUUGCAGGUGUUCUUCACAUAUUCCAAUUUGAAACUAAGCAGGGUGAAGAAGUUUGUGUUGCCCUUCAAACACAUAUAAAUGAUGUCAUGCUGCGGCGAUACUCUAAAGCUCGGUCUGCUACUAAUGGUUCAACAAAUGGAGAUCUUUCAAACAAUUUUAAGCCCUCUGAUGUUGAGAUGUAUGAAAGACGUGUACAGGAUUUGUCAAAAGCUGUUGAGGAAUCUCAGAGGAAUGCUGAUCAAUUGCUAGAAGAAUUGCGUGAAAAGCAAAAACAAGAAGCUAAAUUGCAAGAAGAUUUAGAAAGUUUGAAGCAGUCCUUGGCAUUUGAGAAGCAAAACGUGACAGAAGUUACAUCUGAGCAUGAUAGGCUUAGAUCAUCAUGUGAUGAAAAGGAUGAGGCACUUCAGGCUGCACAAUUAGAGAAGAAGGGCUUGGAAGGAAGGCUGGCAAAAUUGAGUAAUCUAGUGGCAGAGAAAAAUAACAAAACUCAACUAGGUGGUGGAAAGAACCAGAAUCUCGAGGAUGAGAUAAAGCUUCGUAGUGAGGAAUUGCAUGCAAAAGAAGAAAUUAUAAGGAGACUAACAGAUGAAAAAUUGUUAUUGGAGCAAAGGAUAUCUGGGAUUGAGAAAACUAAAGCUGAUGAGAUUGAUUUUCUUGAGAAAAAAAAUGAGCAAGAGCACAAAGCAUUAAAGCUUCGAGUGUUAGAACUUGAAAAGAAGCUUGAAGGAGUUAAUCAAGAAUUAGCUGUUGUAAAGUCAACUCUUGCCACCAAGAACUCUGAGAUUGCUUCAUUGCAAAGUAACUUAAAGGAAUUGGAGGAAUUGAGAGAAAUGAAGGAGGACAUCGAUAGAAAGAAUGAGCAAACUGCUGCCAUAUUGAGGAUGCAAGGAGCUCAACUAGCUGAGUUGGAAGUGCUUUACAAAGAGGAACAACUUUUGAGGAAGCGCUAUUUUAAUACUAUAGAAGAUAUGAAAGGCAAGAUAAGAGUUUUUUGUCGUUUAAGACCAUUAAAUGAAAAAGAAAUUGCAGACAAAGAAAGAGGUACUACUACGAGUGUCGAUGAGUUCACGGUUGAACAUCCAUGGAAAGAUGAUAAACUCAAACAACAUACAUAUGAUCGUGUAUUUGAUGGUAAUGCCACACAACACGAUGUGUUUGAAGAUACAAGGUAUUUGGUACAAUCAGCUGUAGAUGGGUACAAUGUGUGCAUAUUUGCAUACGGGCAAACGGGUUCUGGAAAAACAUAUACGAUUUAUGGUUCAGAUGCAAAUCCUGGACUCACUCCACGAGCAACUGCAGAACUUUUUAAAAUAAUGAAGCGAGACAGCAACAAAUUCUCAUUUUCAUUGAAGGCAUACAUGGUGGAGGUGUAUCAGGAUACACUUGUGGACCUUCUCUUACCAAAAAAUUCUAAGCGUUUGAAAUUGGAUAUCAAGAAAGAUUCGAAGGGUAUGGUUUCUGUUGAAAACAUAACGGUUCUAUCAAUUUCAACAUAUGAUGAACUAAAAAACAUCAUUCAAAGAGGGUCAGAACGAAGACAUGUCGCUGGAACUCAAAUGAAUGAAGAAAGUUCAAGAUCUCAUCUCAUCGUUUCAAUUGUCAUUGAAAGUACCAACCUUCAAACUCAAUCAGUCGCAAGAGGAAAGCUAAGUUUCGUGGAUCUUGCUGGUUCGGAAAGAAUAAAGAAGUCAGGCUCUUCAGGCAGUCAACUUAAAGAAGCUCAAAGUAUUAAUAAAUCACUUUCAGCACUCGGAGAUGUUAUCAGUUCUUUGUCUUCUGGUGGUCAACACAUACCCUACAGGAACCACAAAUUGACGAUGUUGAUGAGUGAUUCACUUGGUGGUAAUGCUAAGACGCUAAUGUUCGUUAACGUUUCUCCCGCUGAAUCAAAUGUGGAUGAGACACACAAUUCUCUAAUGUACGCAUCAAGAGUUCGGUCGAUUGUGAAUGAUCCAAGCAAAAUGUUUCUUCAAAAGAGAUCAUGCGACUGA